AUGAUAGACUUAGUGGCUACUACACCAGUGUGUAUUGAGACCCUUAAAUGUGAACUGCAAUCUCACCCUGAUCAAAAUUUUGUUGCUAUGUUGACUGAGGGUCUGUCUCAAGGUUUCGAUACUGGAUUCGAAUAUCUACCUGGUCAGUCUUUUCAGUGCCGAAACUUACUGUCCGCCUUAAAAGACCCAGCUGUAGUUUCUGAUUUAAUUCAGAAAGAAAUUGCUAAAGGUUUUGUGAUAGGCCCUUUUGACUCUAUUCCGUUUGUUACCAGUAGAAUAAAUCCCAUUGGCAUUGCUGUACAUAAAUAUUCACAGAAGAAGCGCCUAAUUGUUGACAUGUCUGCUCCUCACAAUGACCCAGAUAAUCCUAGCAUGAAUAGCCUAAUAGACAAAGACAGUCACUCGUUGAAAUAUGUGAAGAUUGAUGAUGCUAUAACCUUGAUUAAAGGCCUGGGUCAAGGCACACUGCUCAUGAAAACUGAUAUAUCAGAUGCUUUCAAGCUUUUACCUAUUAAACCAGAGUUGUGGCCCUUACAUGGUAUUUCAUGGGAAGAGAAGUUUUAUUUUUUUGUAAGACUUGUUUUUGGCAGUAGAUCAAGUCCUAAACUUUUUGAUAACCUUUCUGAAGCUAUUUGCUGGAUUGCUCACAAUGUAUACAAAAUAGACAAUGUAUUACACUUGCUUGAUGACUUUUUAGUGCUUGAACCCUCUAUAGCGGAUGCGAAUGCAACCAUGGAGAAGUUUUUAAAUAUUUUUCAUAGAUUAAAUAUUCCCAUUGCCAAACACAAGACAGAGGGACCCUGUACAGCUCUUGAGUAUUUAGGUGUGUGUCUAGAUUCUGAUAAAAUGGAAGCAAGACUUCCUUUGGCUAAAGUUAUCAGAAUUCGUGAGAUUUUAGACAGUUUUGCCCGACGGAAAACAUGUACGAAGCGCGAGCUUUUGUCCCUUCUAGGCCAUAUGAACUUUGCCAGUAGAGUCAUACGUCCAGGACGUUCCUUCGUAUCUCACCUCAUCAGCCUCUCUACCACAGUACCCAAACUGCACCAUCAUGUAACUUUGACAUCAGCUGUGCGUUCAGAUUUAGCUAUGUGGUCCUUAUUCCUCUCUUCAUGGAAUGGUGUUUCAUUCUUUUUGGAUGACAACAUUACAUUAGCUGCAGACAUGGAUAUCUUCACUGAUGCUACCCCCACAUCUUUUGGAGGAAUACAUGGCAAUAGCUGGUUCCAAGGCUAUUUCCCCCCUGAUUUUCACCAGGAGCAACACUCUAUGGCACUUUUUGAGUUGUACCCUAUAGUGAUGUCAUGUGUUGUGUGGGGGCAUUUGUGGUGUAGAAAGAGAAUCCUUUUCUACUGUGAUAACUUGGCUACCGUGGAAAUCAUUCAUAAAGGGAGAUCCAAGAUAGCUAGCAUUAUGAAGCUUAUGAGACGUUUGACUUUUCAUGCUGCUAAGCACAAUUUUGCUAUCCAUGCCAAGCACAUACCUGGUAAGCAAAACUCUACAGCUGAUGCUCUUUCUCGUUGGCAGAUGACCAGAUUCCGGGAACUGGCACCCUACGCAGACCAGCAACCCACACCUUGCCUCCCCAUGCAGGAGCUGAUGAUGGCUUAA